AUGGCGACCGACAACGUCAAGACGGAUACCGUGACCGUUGAGGGGAAGGAGUACAGGACUGUAACGGAGGGAAAGGCGACUAUUCUGGUCCCGCAAGGGGCUAAGAUUGGCGAGGAUCGUGGGGAGGUUCAGCAGGUCUUCUACAACCCCAUCCAGCAGUACAAUCGCGAUCUGUCUGUCCUUGCCAUCAAGACAUACGGCGAGAUGUCCCUAGAGAAGAGAAAGGAGCAAUACGAAUCAAGACUGGAGAAGCAAGGAAAGAAGCGAAAACGCGGCGACGAUGUUCAAAAGCCCACCGAGGAUGCCACGGAACCCGCACCUCAGGAUGAACCGCAAGUGACUGAAGAGGCUGCUAAGCCCGAUGUUGCCGAUACUGCUCAGACAAAGAAGGAAUACAAGCCCGCUUUCCGUAUUUUGGACGCCCUGUCUGCGUCAGGAUUGCGAGCGCUCCGAUAUGCCCACGAAUUACCUUUUGUCACCUCUGUCAAGGCCAAUGAUCUGUCGGAUACAGCUGCCGAUUCGAUUAGGAUGAAUGCCAAGCACAACGGGCUUGAUGAUAAAAUCAAUGUUACUCAAGGUGAUGCGCUUGCGCUUAUGUACCGAGGGAUUGCGGACGAUCUAUCGAACAGGGAUAAGGCAGGAAGUCCAGGCAAGGCGAACAAGUUUGAUGUCAUCGAUCUUGAUCCUUAUGGUACCGCUGCGCCAUUCUUCGACGCCGCUGUGCAAUCAGUGAAGGAUGAUGGCGGUCUUCUCUGUAUCACUUGCACAGACAGUGCGGUGUGGGCAGGACAUAGUUAUUGCGAAAAGACAUUUGCGCUGUAUGGUGGAAUUCCUAUCAAGGGCAUGCACUCCCAUGAGGCUGGUCUGCGACUCGUUCUGAACGCUGUGGCCACAUCUGCAGCCCGCUACGGAUUGACGAUUGAACCUCUUCUCUCGCUCUCCAUCGACUUCUACACAAAGUUCUUCAUCAAGGUGAUCAAGUCGCCCCAAUCGGUCAAAUUUCUUGCCUCCAAGACUAUGUUGGUCUAUAGCUGUGACGCAGGAUGCGGUGCUUGGGAAACACAACAUAUGUUGAGGAGCAAGCCUGCACCGAAUAAGAAGGGCAAUGGUGCCUUUUACAAGCACACAAUGGCGCAGGGUCCAUCGGCCGACCGACAUUGCGAGCACUGCGGACUGAAAAUGCACAUCAACGGCCCCAUGUACGGUGGACACAUUCACUCCAAGGAAUUUAUAGAGAGACUUCUCGAACAGAUUCCUAACGCCGACCGUUCUAUUUAUGGCACGAUGCCUAGACUUGAGGGCAUGUUGCGAACAGCUCUGGAGGAGAACCUACCAGGUCCUGAGGUCAAGGAGCCUGUGGAUCCUAAGGAUGCUCAGCUUGCCGCCAUUGACAAUUACCCUUUCUUUGUCAUCCCAAGUCGUUUGGCUAAUGUGGUGAGCUGUGUGACACCUAGCGAGGAUAUGGUUCGAGGAGCGUUGAUACAUUUGGGUUACCGUACCGCCAGAAGCCACUGCCGACCAGGAAGCAUUAAGACGGAUGCCCCGUGGUCCACGAUCUGGUGGGUGAUCACGGAAUGGAUCCGCCAAAAGUCGCCUAUCAAGGAAUCCAGCAUCAAGAAAAACUCAGCAGCAUGGAAGAUUCUGACUGAUGCUGGAAUCAUCGGACAGGAGAAGCCUGAGACUACGGAGGAGAUGGCCAAAGACGACUCUGCAAUGGAGGGCGUAGAACAGACCCCAUCCGGGCCUGCCGAAGCCAGUUCCGCAAUCGCACAGAGCGGGGAAGACAACACUGUUCCCAGUGAAAUGGAGCUACGUAAGACACUCGUCUUUGAUGAGAGCCUGGCACGUCUCGCUCGCAGACGUGGAGAGCAGAAGUACGUACGAUACCAGAUGAAUCCACGAGAAAACUGGGGUCCUUUGGCCAAGGCGGCUCGUCGAUAA